AUGUUAUGUUAUGGAUGUCACACAUUAAUUGAUGAUCCGUAUUAUUUAAUGAUUGUUGAUCGUAGUUGGCAUUUAUCAUGUUUAAAAUGUAUUGAUUGUGGUAUAUUACUUGAACAAGAAUCAACAUGUUUUUCUAGACAAGGACAAUUUUUUUGUAAAAAUGAUUAUAUUAAAAAAUAUUGUUCUCGUAAUUGUACACGAUGUAAUAGAAUAAUUCAACAAGAUGAAUUAAUACUUCGUUCUGAACAAUUAAUUUUCCAUUUGAAAUGUUUUACAUGUAGUAUAUGUAAUAUUGUUCUUCAUCCAGGUGAUGAUUAUGGUCUAAGAAAUAAUCUUAUUUAUUGUCGUGAUCAUUUUUUUGAUCGAGAUUCAUACGAUUCACAUUUAAUUCUUGAUGAUUCAGGUUAUCAUACAUCACCAAAUGAAACACGUAAAACACAAAUCUAUCAAGAAGAAAAUGAAGAACAUAUUCUAAAAGUUUCAUCAACAUUAUUUUCUUCAUCAUAUUAUAUUGAAAUAGAUGAUAAUUCAUCGAAUAAAAUUUAUCAUCAAAAAGAAAAACGUCUUCGAACAAGUUUUAAACAUCAUCAAUUACGUUGUAUGAGAUCAUAUUUUAAUUUAAAUCAUAAUCCAGGUUUUGUAUUUUUAGUUUUUUCUUUUUUUAAUCAUUUGAAAUUUGAAUAUUUUCUCUAUGAAUUAGAUGCAAAAGAUUUAAAAAAUCUAUCGGACAAAACAAAUCUACCUAAACGUGUUUUACAAGUUUGGUUUCAAAAUGCUCGUGCAAAAUAUCGUCGUAGUAAUACAUUAUCAAAAGAAAUUCGAACAAAUCUAUCACCAUUAAGCGAUAGCAGCGAUUUAUAA